AUGCCUUCCACAGCCGAGCAGGAGAGGCUUAGGAAUUAUCUGUGCUUCUCGGAGCAGGAGGGGGACCCGUCCGAUCCCCCAGAACAGCCCGGGCAGGAAGGACCACCGCUCGGGCUUGUCGUGCGGGUCACCGACGAGGCAUCUAAAGUGCUGCUUGCAGGGCCCAGGCGCUCACAGGAGGCAGCUCUUAGGACCUUGAACUUGCUGGACACGUCGACCAUCCACGGGGACUGGGGCUGGCUCACAUAUCCAGCUCAUGGGUGGGACUCCAUCAACGAGGUGGACGAGUCCUUCCAGCCCAUCCACACGUACCAGGUGUGCAACGUCAUGAGCCCCAACCAGAACAACUGGCUGCGCACAAGCUGGGUGCCCCGCGACGGCGCCCGGCGGGUCUACGCCGAGAUCAAGUUUACCCUGCGGGACUGCAACAGCAUGCCCGGAGUGCUGGGCACCUGCAAGGAGACCUUCAACCUCUACUACCUGGAGUCAGACCGCGACCUGGGCGCCAGCACGCAGGAAAGCCAGUUCCUCAAAAUCGACACGAUCGCGGCCGACGAGAGCUUCACAGGCGCUGACCUGGGCGUGCGGCGCCUCAAGCUCAACACGGAGGUGCGCGGCGUGGGCCCCCUCAGCAAGCGCGGCUUCUACCUGGCCUUCCAGGACAUUGGCGCGUGCCUCGCCAUCCUGUCUCUCCGCAUCUACUACAAGAAGUGCCCCACCAUGGUGCGCAACCUGGCUGCCUUCUCGGAGGCGGUGACGGGCGCCGACUCGUCCUCGCUGGUGGAGGUGCGGGGCCAGUGCGUGCGGCACUCGGAGGAGCGGGACACGCCCAAGAUGUACUGCAGCGCCGAGGGCGAGUGGCUGGUGCCCAUCGGCAAGUGCGUGUGCAGCGCCGGCUACGAGGAGCGGCGGGAUGCCUGUGUGGCCUGUGAGCUGGGCUUCUACAAGUCGGCUCCCGGGGACCAGCUCUGCGCGCGCUGCCCUCCCCACAGCCACUCUGCAGCCCCCGCCGCCCAGGCCUGCCGCUGCGACCUCGGCUACUACCGCGCAGCCCUGGACCCACCGUCUGCAGCCUGCACCCGGCCACCCUCGGCACCUGUGAAUCUGAUCUCCAGCGUGAACGGGACAUCCGUGACCCUGGAGUGGGCCCCUCCCCUGGACCCGGGCGGCCGCAGCGACAUCACCUACAACGCCGUGUGCCGCCGCUGCCCCUGGACGCUGGGCCACUGUGAGACGUGCGGGAGCGGCACCCGCUUCGUGCCCCAGCAGACGAGCUUGGUGCAGGCCAGCCUGAUGGUGGCCAACCUGUUGGCUCACAUGAACUACUCCUUCUGGAUCGAGGCCGUCAACGGCGUGUCUGACCUGAGCCCCGAGCCCCGCCGGGCCGCCGUCGUCAACAUCACCACAAACCAGGCAGCCCCGUCCCAGGUUGUGGUGAUCCGCCAGGAGCGGGCAGGGCAGACCAGCGUCUCGCUGCUGUGGCAGGAGCCCGAGCAGCCCAAUGGCAUCAUCCUGGAAUACGAGAUCAAGUACUACGAGAAGGACAAGGAGAUGCAGAGCUACUCCACCCUCAAGGCUGUCACCACCAGGGCCACCGUCUCGGGCCUCAAACCGGGCACCCGCUACGUGUUCCAGGUCCGAGCCCGCACCUCGGCAGGCUGCGGCCGCUUCAGCCAGGCCAUGGAGGUGGAGACCGGGAAACCCCGGCCCCGCCACGACACCCGGACCAUCGUCUGGAUCUGCCUGACGCUCGUCACGGGUCUGGUGGUGCUGCUGCUCCUGCUCAUCUGCAAGAAGAGGCACUGUGGCUACAGCAAGGCCUUCCAGGACUCAGACGAGGAGAAGAUGCGCUAUCAGAAUGGGCAGGCGCCCCCACCCGUCUUCCUGCCCCUGCACCACCCCCCGGGAAAGAUCCCGGAGCCCCAGUUCUAUGCAGAACCCCACACCUACGAGGAGCCGGGCCGGGCGGGCCACAGUUUCACGCGAGAGAUCGAGGCCUCCAGGAUCCACAUCGAGAGAAUCAUCGGCUCUGGAGAGUCCGGGGAAGUCUGCUACGGGUGGCUGCGGGUGCCGGGGCAGCAGGACGUGUCCGUGGCCAUCAAGGCCCUCAAAGCCGGGUACACGGAGAGGCAGCGGCGGGACUUCCUGAGCGAGGCGUCCAUCAUGGGUCGGUUUGACCACCCCAACAUCAUCCGCCUGGAAGGUGUCGUCACCCGUGGCCGCUUGGCAAUGAUCGUGACCGAGUACAUGGAGAACGGCUCUCUGGACGCCUUCCUGAGGACCCACGACGGGCAGUUCACCAUCAUGCAGCUGGUGGGCAUGCUCAGAGGAGUGGGCGCCGGCAUGCGCUACCUCUCGGACCUGGGCUACGUCCACCGCGACCUGGCCGCCCGCAAUGUCCUAGUUGACGGCAACCUGGUGUGCAAGGUGUCCGACUUCGGGCUCUCGCGGGUGCUGGAGGACGACCCUGACGCCGCCUACACCACCACGGGCGGGAAGAUCCCCAUCCGCUGGACAGCCCCCGAGGCCAUCGCCUUCCGGACGUUCUCCUCGGCCAGCGACGUGUGGAGUUUCGGUGUGGUCAUGUGGGAGGUGCUGGCCUACGGGGAGAGGCCCUACUGGAACAUGACCAACCGUGACGUCAUCAGCUCCGUGGAGGAGGGGUACCGCCUGCCUGCACCCAUGGGCUGCCCCCGCGCCCUGCACCAGCUCAUGCUCGACUGUUGGCACAAGGACCGGGCCCAGCGGCCUCGCUUUUCCCAGAUCGUCAGCGUCCUCGAUGCCCUCAUCCAGAGCCCUGAGACGCUCAGGGCCACGGCCACUGUCAGCAGGUGCCCACCCCCUGCCUUUGCCCGGAGCUGCUUUGACCUCCGAGGGGGCGGCGGGGGCCUCACUGUGGGGGACUGGCUGGAUUCCAUCCGCAUGGGCCGCUACCGGGACCACUUUGCUGCUGGUGGUUACUCGUCUCUGGGCAUGGUGCUGCGCAUGAACGCUCAGGAUGUGCGUGCCCUGGGCAUCACCCUCAUGGGCCACCAGAAGAAGAUCCUGGGCAGCAUCCAGAGCAUGAGGGCCCAGCUGACUGGCACCGAGGGGCCCCACCGGCACCUGUAA